AUUAAUAUAUAUGUGUGUGUAGAAAACUGAAAUCUAAAAGAAUAAUAAGCAAUUAACUGGAAAAUUGUUGGUACUUUGUCAUAUUUUUUCUUUUCAUUUCAUUUUUAAAGUAGGUUUAAAAUCAUUUUUUAACGAGGGUUCAUCAACAAUUACUAUCAUCUCUGACUUAAGCAUGUCAGGAGAAAAAUCAAAACAAUAAUGUCAUUCUUUAUCACAGACACAGAGCUGAUAGCACAGAUAAGAAAAAACUAUGAUGAAUCUCUUGGUAAGUUAAAGAAUAAUUCAAUCAACAGAAAUGUAUCUCAAUUGCUUAUUAGAAAGAAGACCUACAUACAUAUUUUGAAUCUUACGCAUUAACUGCAUAUAUAUUUUUAAUUGUAGGCUCUGGUGGUGAUCUUCUAGAGAUAGCAAUACAAGGUGAAUGUUGCUUUAAAAAUUACUCUUACAUUAGAAAUUAUUCUUUAGCUCAUAACGAAACACUUUUCCACAGUGUAAAAUAUACUUCAACAUUUAUUUAUAGUUAGGUUAAUGAAUAUAGAAGUGUAAAUAGAGUAUAACUUCCUUUUUAGGUCUGUCUAAGGGAAGUGAUUGCCAAGAAGAUGACACAUCUGUAGGUGAAAGUCUGGAAGAGAGCCCUGAGACUUUUGGUGUAACAAGUGAUGUUGAAGAAAGCAGUAGUAGAUACAUGUUUUGGACAAAACCUGCGACUAACCUUCUUCUAUCAUUAUACGAAGAGUAUGAACAAGAAUUUGAAAAUCCUCGAAAGAAAAAGAAAGAUGUUUGGAGAGAAAUCACAGAAAAAUUAAAUGAGGCUGGAUUCGACUUUUCGCAGUUAAAAGUUGAAAAUAAAUGGAGAAGUUUGGUGCAAUCACAUAAAGAUAUAAAGAACAAUAAGAAAAAAACAGGUGAGAAAAGGAGGACAUUCCCACACUUUGAAAGACUUGAUAACAUACUAUCAAAAAGGCAUGAUAUAAAUCCACCUUUUACCAGCUCCAGCAAUCCUCUUGCCACAAAAGAAAACGAGAAAGAUAAAGCAAGCACUAGUAGUGAAGAAAAGGUAGUGACAAAGAGUAGCAGCAUCUCUGCAGUUCGACGUAGAGAAAAGCGAAAAGAAGCAGAAAAUGAAGGUAGCAGUUUUUUUCAAGCUUUUAAAGAAAUUGAAAAAGUAAGAAAACUUGAGCGAGAUAAACGGGAGAAGAGAAGAGAUGAAAGAGCCAAAGAAAGAAAUGAUCUUUUAAGGGCAUUUCUCGAGAUAUUAAAAGAAAAAGAAAAUGAAGGGCACAUCAAUUUGACAGACUUUCCACCAGAAGUUUUGGAAAAGAUUUGCUACAACCUUGAACAGUUUGAAGAAGUUAACAAGCUCACCUUGGUUUGCAAAAAACUUAAAUAUUUCUGUUAUCAUAGAAACACCUCAUUCUCUGUACAUCUAAAAAAUGUCAACAAUCUGUGUGGAGUGUAUUGUAUGCCAAAUUUGAGGAAAUUAACAGUGUGUGGAAGGUCCUAUUUCAAUAGUGUAAUUGAUGCAGAUCAAGUUAAAAGCAGAGAAUUCGAUGCAUUUGUUGAAUUAUUUGCUAUGGCAUCUUUGACGAGAUUGCAAUGUCUUACUUUGAAGAAUUUCAGAUUCCAAAACACUUUCUUACUUUUUUUAAUUGCCCUGAGUCACUUGCAGUUAGCAUGUUUAUCUUUUCACCGAUGUAGUCAAAUAUCAGUAGGACAAUUGAAAUGUGUACUUGAGGAAAUUCCGUCUCUUAAGUAUUGUGAUGUAGAAUGUGAUGUUAGAUCAACUGAAGACAUGCAUAUAUUUGCUGAAAUCGCAAAUCAAUUUGUUGGACAAGUAAAUUUAAAUCUGAACAAUCUAGAAGAAAUACCAUCUGUGUUGUUGAAAUACCGAAGAUCUAAGUACCGUACACCUUGGCCAACUGGGCAUUUACUUAUCCCUUGAAAAUAUCCUGAAAAAUUGAGUAGUACUCACUUGUAUUUGCAUAGCCAUGUGAACAGAUUUUAUGAGAUUGUUAGGUUGCAACUUCUGUGUACAGAAAUAUGCAUAUGAUCCACAGCUUACUAUCAGGGCCCAGGGAUCUGCAUAUUUUUUGUUUGUUUUUUUAAUUACCUUUAGUAAAUUAUGUUAAUUUCUCAUAUUUGUUUCUCAGGAAGAGAAUGUUUAUACAAUGCAAUAAAAUCUUUUUUUCAGGGAUCUACAUGUUUAUGUUGUGUGCCAUAUUCUUUGCCAUGAAUGCUUUAGUAGCACCCCUUCAGAUCGCAUUGUGUAUUAAGCUGUUUGUGAUUUGUUUUCAUUGUUUUUGUAAUUUUGGGGGAAAGAUUUCCAAUAUAUUUUAGUCCUAAUCUUUUUUGGUCAGUGUUAUAUGUUCUUUUUUAUUGCUACUGUUUUAUAUAUUUUUUGUUGUUGCUAAAGAGUUGAUAUUAUGAAAUAUGUUAUUCUUUUUGUUUGUUUUACUUUAAAGAGAUUAAAUAAUCAUUUCUCAUAAAAUCUAGACUUGUUUGUAAAUAUCCAAUUAUUCAUCUGUUUAAAAUGCAAGUAAGUCAAGAAAAAACCUGGUUGCACAUAUCAAGAAUUUUAAUAGAAUAUGUAAAACUUUUCACAAUUGCCUUGCAAUAUUAAGUCUUUUGAUGGCUCCGCCGUUCAACACAUUUUCAUCAUAAUUUUCAAAGACUGGAAGCAACUGGGGUACAUUAUUGUCCUCAUUAACAAGCUCUUCAAACUCGUCAUGAUUUAAAAUGCAGAUGUUGUGCAAAACACAUGCAGUAAGUAUUGUUCUUACAAUGUCUUUGACGUUUUUCUGGUCAAUGUGUUUCAAACGUUUAAAUCGUCCUUUCGGUAUUCCAAACGCUCGUUCAACAUUACUUCUAAUGCUGCUGUGUACAUAAUUGAAUUGAAUCUGUGCCUCAGUGAGAUGACCAUUGUCCCGAAAUGGCGUUAACAGCCAAGUAAGAUUUGGGUAUGCUGAAUCUCCCAAUAAGUGACCAUCACGACAUAAGGCUGGUCCAUUUACAAACAAAGGAGAAUUGCGGAAAAUUCUUGCGUCAUGAACUUUACCAGGAAAUCCUGCAAAAACAUCAAUGAAUCGCAGGUCUUCCCGCACCACUGCUUGCAAUACGACUGAAUAAUAGUCUUUCCUAUUGUAGUAGUCAACACCUCUUUCUGCUGGUUUAGUUAUUGAGAUAUGGGUACCAUCGAUCAUCCCAACAACUCCAGGGAAGCCUUUUAAAUCCCAAUACAUGUCUUUGAUUUCUUGUUGCUCUGCAAUUGUUGGCCAUACAACUACUUUUGAUAACAAAUGGUCGUGAAUAAAUGCUAUUAGGUUGCGUAUUGCAUAGGAGGCUGUUGACUCACUCAUUCCAAAUCUGUCUGCAAUUGAGGCAUAUUUAUCUUGGCUUGACAUAAACCAUAGAAACAUCAGAAUUCGGUCUGGAAGAGGUUUCUGGACAGUUCCUCCUGUUGCCUCUCGACAUAAAAUACCUGAUAAAUUUUGUUCCAAGCAAGUCUCACAUAUUUUUUCUUCUAAGCACUGCAUGCUGACUUUUCCAAUACGGAAAAAAGUUUUAAAUUCAUCAAUGCGGAAAUUGGCUACCACAUUUUCUAC